UUUUAAAAAACAUGUUCAUUCAAGAUCUGCCAAUCGAGAUCGUGCAACAGAUUAUUCAAAAUUUGCCAAAACGUGAUGCGUUAAAUUGCAUGCGUGUCUGUAAAGCAUGGCAUGAGCCUGCAGCAGCAACAUUCUACAAGGAAUUGGUUGUGAUUCCCAGCAACAUACCCAAGUUGACAAUGGUCUUGAACCAGCGCGUUCAGUUUCCCGAACUUGAAAGGUGGACUAAACUGCUUACGAUCCAAUAUGACGAUAACUAUGUUUCAUCCGAAUAUGGCGAUGACACAGACUACGAUUUCGAGGCUGAAGCAGUACAAUACACUCUUAACAGUGAAACUUUCUUCAAGCUUUUGUCAAAACUACCCCAGUUGAAGACACUUAAUCUUGUAAAUUCUGCUCAAACUGAACAUUAUUUGGAGCUUAUUGCCCAGGCAGAUAGGGAGUUGCCUCAAUUUGAGGCUAUUUUACCCGGACCUUUAUCAGAGAAUGAACGUUAUGAUUAUUCGGAAAAGGUUAUGUUCAGAUUUUACUAUCAAUUCCGGAAGUCAUUGAAAUUUAUGGAGAUAAAGUACAGGCACGUUGUCAAUGAAGAAAAGACUAUGCGAGGCGCGUAUUUGUUGUCCAAAUUUAGCUGCUUAACUGUAUUAAAUAUAGAAGACACAUCACUUGACAGUGAUGUAUCAUGUGUAGAAAUUUUGAAUGCAUGCCCUACCCUCGAAUCACUUUUCUUGAAACGUCAAUGUCAAGUACCUGAUUCGGUCUUCGAUAAAAAAUGCAACCGCAAGCUCACAAAAUUGAAAAGCUUGAACUUGGAUAUCCCGCAACUCUCUAGCGCAUGCGUCAAAUAUUUAAUCCACUGCGCUAUAUCUGACAAUCUGGAAAAGCUUAAUAUUACUUUAUCAUCAGAUGACAUCGUAUCAUGGAUAAACAGAGAAGAUGAAGAUAUUUUGUUGGACUUUUCUAGAAAGUUAAGCUUUGUAGAAGCUGUUUGGUUUGAUUCUUUCAGAGUUAACAGUGGGGUUACUACAUUGCGUCCAAUCCCGACAGUUAAUAUGACCAAGCUUUACUCGGUAAUGAACGCAAUCAAUGGAAAACGUAGGGUUGAAUACCAAGGAUCUUUUAGCGAUAGUUUAUAUGGAAGCACUUUGAUCACAAUAAUGGACAAUAAGAAUUUCUCAAGUUUUGAUAUUAUUAGUGGCUGCCUGGAGGACAAUAAACUCGAUUGGCUAGUCCCUGACACUAGUGUUUCGGUGAUCGGGCCAGAGAAAUUAAAUCAUAUCAUUUUUGAGGUGAAGCAAAGCAAGGAGCCGUUUGGUCUCCACUUGUUAAAAUUCAUGAUGGCCAACUGCCCGAAUAUCAAGACUGGGUGUAUCAAGACUGGUAGGAGCAAGACUGCAACACUAAGAAGCACUUUAAAGUUGGAAGCUAAAGGUUCUACUUUUGGUAUGACUUUAACUGGACCUUUUCCCGAUUCAAAAAUAUUUGGUUCGAUCUCGACAUAUGUCCCUCGAAUGAAGUAUCUGAGAAUUGAAAGACCAUGUGAAAAUAGAAAUGAUGAAGACGAUAGUAAAUUUUCUUUGGACUUGACUGCUUUAAGUGACAUGAAAAAGGUGAUCAUCAUUAUUGAUUUUGAAGGUCGGGAAGUAAAAGGUAUGUUCUGUGCCGUAUUCAAAUUCCCAGGCAAUGAUACUGUUCAUUGUUAUUCCGUCUGCUAUAAUCCUGGUGAAGCAUAUACACAAAAGUUAGAUAUAUUACCUGAGGCUGGCUGUGAUAAUUACUACGGUACAUCUGCGCGUAGAGUAUUGAUUCAAUGUAAUGGGCUAAAACAGGCGAAGGUACGUGUAAAACCUCAGUAUGUUUAUUCGAAUAAAUCUAAGUGGGUCACCCGCUUAAAACUAUCAUUCAUUAUUUCAAAAUAAAUUUUUCUAUCCUUG